GGAAGUGGAAUCGGGGACGCCUUAGGGGAGGGAUGCUGUGAAGUAAACACAGGAGCUUCGGGCGGUCAGUGGACCUGUGGGCCGCUGUAUGCAGCCAUGAACCGGCUCCAGGAUGAUUACGACCCCUACGCGCUUGAAGAGCCUAGCGACGAGGAUCCGGCUUUGAGCAGCUCUGAAGAUGAAGUUGAUGUGCUUUUACAUGGAACUCCUGACCAAAAACGAAAACUAAUCAGAGAAUGUCUUACUGGAGAAAGUGAAUCAUCUAGUGAAGAUGAAUUUGAAAAAGAAAUGGAAGCUGAAUUAAAUUCCACUAUAAAAACAAUGGAGGACAAGUUAUCCUGUCCGGGAACGGGGUCUUCCUCAGGAAAUGGGAAAGUUGGAAUAACUCCAACAAAGUACUAUGAUGAUAUAUAUUUUGAUUCUGAUUCUGAGGAUGAGGACAAAGCAGCACAAGUGACCAAGAAAAAAAAGAAGAAACGGCACAGGAUUCCAACAAAUGAUGAAUUACUAUAUGAUCCUGAAAAAGAUAACAGAGACCAGGCAUGGGUUGAUGCACAGAGAAGGGGUUAUCAUGGUUUUGGAUUACAGAGGCCUCGUCAACAACAGCAGCCUGUUCCAAAUAGUGAUGCUGUCUUAAACUGUCCUGCCUGCAUGACCACUCUCUGCCUUGAUUGCCAAAGGCAUGAAUCCUACAAAACUCAGUAUAGAGCAAUGUUUGUGAUGAAUUGUUCUGUCAACAAAGACGAAGUUCUAAGAUACAAGAACUCAGAGAACAGGAAGAAAAGGCGGGGCUUUAAGAAGAUGAGGUCCAACCCUGAAGAUCCUGCAGAGCAGGCAGACACAGAAGUGGAAGAAAUCUAUCACCCAGUCAUGUGCACAGAAUGUUCUACCGAGGUGGCAGUCUAUGACAAGGAUGAAGUCUUUCACUUUUUCAAUGUUUUAGCAAGCCAUUCCUAAACAGCUCAGCUGGCAUUCAGUUCCCCAGUACUGUUAUAAGGCAAAUGUGGAAAUGUUUUCCUCUUAUCUAUUCAUAACCUUAAGUGAUACUAAAUUACUUGAGGAAGCAGUGUUUUAUCUUUAUGAAAGAGAAUGGUUAUCAGUCUUUCUCUCUUCCCCCUUCCUUUGUUUUCCUUUAGUUUUCUCUUGAAUACUGAUGGGAUUCCAUUCUUGAUGGACAUUUGGAAACUUUGGGGCUUUUUAUUUAUUAAAGCCUUCAUAAUUAAAAUGUUCUGGUGUUA